AUGGAAUACAAAGAUUCGAUUGGAGACAAGUCAUGGAAGAACGAAAUACUAGCAGAGAAAAGCGAGACAAUUAUCGAUGAAGAUGAUGAUCCUAUGAAAGAUUCAGCUGAAAAUACAAUAGAAAUUGAUGGUCAAGAAUUAAUUAAUGUAAUUAUUAGAGACUUGGAAAGAGUAAAGCAAGAUUUGACAAACCAAGGCAAAAAUUAUACACUUAUCGACAAUUUAAAACAAUUUAGAAGUUUAAUUAAUCAUAACAAAAUUACAAUUGAAUUAUUGAAUAAUAAUCCAAGUUUAAUACACCUUCUCUCAGAUGUAUCUGCCGAAAGUGAAUCAGUAUUUAACUCAAAAGCAUGUAUGGACACAAUUUGGAGAAUUAUUUCUUCAAUACCAAAUUCUUUUGAUCUUCUUCGAGAAAAUAACGUUGUAUCUGCAUGUAUAGCAAAAUUAUCAGAAAAUGCAAAUGAAUGUAUUAUUUCCACUCUUUAUGUUUUGCAUUAUUUAGUUGAAAAUGAUCCUUCAAUACUAGAUGACCUGUUUGAAUACGUUGAUCCGUUAUCUUUUAUCACAAUGCUAAAAUCUAUUGAGGAUUUAUAUGCUCAAACUCCAGAAGAUGACCCAGAAAGUGCUAAUUUAAAGAGAACUCAUCGACUUCUUUUAGAAGCUGUUGCAUUUUUCUUUACGAUAGUUUCUGAUCUUAUUAAUGGUGAAAAUGUUGGUGUUUUUCUUCAAUUAAUAGAUUAUAUACUUAAUGCAGGCGUAACUCUUGGAAUGGCAUAUUCAUUUUAUUCCCUUAGGCAUUUAAUAUUAAAUAACCAACUUUCAAUGGAAGAUUUUCAAGUUUUUGGAUUAUCAAGAUAUAUAAACAGUGCAUUAAAGACAAAAGACAAAGAUAUAUGCGGACAAGCAUGCUUUUUAAUAUGUACAUUAGUAGAAAAGGGAUAUCAGCUAUCAGAUAUUAAUGUUAUUGAUAUUAUGAAUUAUAUCAAGUCAAUUUCAGAUAAAAGAAAGGAAACAGAAGCAAGGGAAUGUUUAGCUCUAAUAUGUGAGAAAGGACCACCAAUAAUUAGAGAACAAAUCGGAAUGUCUCAAGAUUUUAAUUCAAUAAUCACAGAAUCCAUAUCUAGAAAGGAUGAAUUCGGUGGAUCUGCAUAUAUUGGUGAUUUUGCAACCAUUUCUUUAUCAGGAAGGUCGUUAAUUGGCAUUAUUGAAUGUGGAUCUUCAGAAUUAAUUUCAACAAUGCUUAAUGAUAGAACAAUAUUAUCAUUACUUACAGUUCUCAAGCUUACUGAUGAAGAAAUCAUUACCAGAUGUUUGAAAGCGCUUUUGGCGAUAUUAGAUGCAGCAGAGAAAUCGGGAGUUAAAGAUAAUUUUGUAGAGAGUUUUGUUGAAGAAGAAGGAGAACAAGCAAUCAAUGAAUGCUAUGAGAACUUUGAAGAUAAUGAUGUUAUUUGCCAACUAAUAGAUUUUAUCAUGGAGAAAAUAGGAUUCACUAAAGAUGAAUCAUAA